AGCAGCGCGUCGCGUCUCGCCCAGUGCGCGUCCGAGGAGAAGGCAACGAUGGACAUAACGGACCAGGGAGCUCAAAUGGAGCCGCUGCUUCAGUCGGAACAAAGCUCCCAAGAGAACAAAGAGGUGAGAACUGAUGAGGAGGCAGUGGUGGACCGCGGGGGAACACGAUCUAUGCUCAACACCAACUUUGAGAAAGAGGAGCUCGAAGGUCACCGCACACUCUACAUUGGGGUUCACGUUCCCCUGGGCAGGAAGUCACACCGACGUCACCGUCACCAUGGACACAGACACAGGAAGAGGUCCAAGGAGAGGGACUCCGGGGUGGACGACGGACGGGAAUCGCCCUCCCACAACACACCAGCCCAGAGGGUGCAGUUCCUGCUGGGGACAGAGGACGGCGACGAGGAGCACAUCCCCCAUGCCCUCUUCACCGAACUGGACGAGAUCUGCCUGAGGGAAGGGGAGGACGCCGAGUGGAAGGAGACAGCCAGGUGGCUUAAAUUCGAGGAGGACGUGGAGGACGGAGGGGAGCGCUGGAGUAAGCCCUACGUAGCCACCCUGUCUCUACACAGUCUGUUUGAGCUGCGCAGUUGCAUCAUGAACGGGACGGUGAUGCUGGACAUGAGGGCUAACUCUCUAGAGGAGAUAGCAGACAUGGUUCUGGAUCAGCACGAGGUGUCUGGUCUGGUAGGGCAGGAUGCCAGGAGGAGGAUUCGCGAGGCUCUUCUUAAACAGCAUCACCACCAGAACCACAAAAAGCUGGCCAACCGCAUCCCCAUCGUGCGCUCCUUUGCAGACAUCGGCAAGAAGCAGUCGGAACCACACUCCAUGGACAAAAACGGGCAAACGGUCUCGCCCCAGUCCCAGCCGGCGAACAGCGAGGGCAAACAGGACGUUAGCCGGGAAAACAGCGCCGUGGACUUCAGCAAGAUUGACCUCCACUUCAUGAAGAAGAUUCCUCCCGGUGCAGAGGCCUCUAACGUCCUAGUGGGGGAGCUGGAGUUCCUGGAACGCCCGGUGGUGGCCUUCAUCCGCCUGGCGCCCGCUGUGCUGCUCAACGGCCUGGCCGAGGUUCCCAUCACCACCAGGUUUCUCUUCAUCCUGCUCGGCCCGCUGGGAAAAGGUCCGCAGUACCACGAGAUCGGCCGCUCCAUCGCUACCCUGAUGACUGAUGAGGUUUUCCACGACGUGGCGUACAAGGCGAAGGACAGGAAUGACCUGGUGGCAGGUAUUGACGAGUUUCUGGACCAGGUCACUGUGCUGCCCCCCGGGGAGUGGGACCCCUCCAUCAGGAUAGAGCCGCCGAAGAACGUCCCCUCUCAGGAAAAGCGGAAGGUCCCGCCUGUACCCAAUGGCAUGACAGAUCUUGGCGAGGCGGAGGAGCACGGAGGCCACGGGGGCCCUGAGCUUCAGCGCACCGGGAAGUUCUUCGGUGGGUUUGUCAUGGACAUAAAGCGCAAGGCGCCUCAUUACCUUUCCGACUACACGGACGCCAUCAGCCUGCAGUGUCUGGCCUCCUUCCUCUUCCUCUACUGCGCCUGCAUGUCUCCCGUCAUCACCUUCGGAGGACUGCUGGGGGAGGCCACGGAGGGACGUGUGAGUGCUAUCGAGUCGCUGUUUGGGGCCUCCAUGACCGGUAUAGCUUACUCCCUGUUUUCUGGGCAGCCCCUCACCAUACUGGGCAGCACGGGGCCUGUGCUGGUGUUCGAGAAGAUCCUCUUCAAGUUCUGCAAGGAGUACGGCCUCUCCUACCUCUCCCUCAGGGCCUGUAUCGGCCUGUGGACGGCCUUCCUGUGUCUGCUGCUGGUGGCCACGGACGCCAGCUCGCUCGUCUGCUACAUCACGCGCUUCACCGAGGAGGCCUUCGCUGCCCUCAUCUGCAUCAUCUUCAUCUACGAAGCCCUGGAGAAGCUGGUCCACCUGGGGGAGCACUACCCCAUCAACAAGAACAACAACCUGCAGAAGCUCACCCAGUACUGGUGUGCGUGCGUUGAGCCCAGGGACCCCAGCAAUGAGACUCUGCGCUACUGGGAGGAGAGGAACAUCACAGCCUCCCAGGUCAACUGGACCAUGCUGGAAGUCAAUGAGUGCGAGAUGUUUCGGGGGGAGUUUGAGGGCAGCGCCUGUGGCCCCCACGGCCCCUACAUCCCCGACGUGCUCUUCUGGUGCGUGGCCCUCUUCUUCUCCACCGUCUUCAUGUCCGCCUUCCUCAAGGAGUUCAAGACCAGCCGCUACUUCCCCACCAAGGUGAGAGCCAUCAUCAGUGACUUUGCCGUCUUCAUCACCAUCCUCACCAUGGUGUUAGUAGACUAUGCGCUGGGGAUCCCGUCACCGAAGCUUCAGGUGCCCAGCAAGUUCAAACCCACCAGAGAUGAUCGUGGGUGGGUUAUCAACCCUGUCGGUCCCAACCCGUGGUGGACCACCAUCAUCACCGUCAUCCCUGCGCUUCUCUGCACCAUCCUGAUCUUCAUGGACCAGCAGAUCACCGCGGUCAUUAUCAACAGGAAAGAGCACAAACUGAAGAAAGGCUGUGGCUACCACCUGGACCUGUUCGUGGUUGGGGUGAUGUUGGGGGUGUGCUCCGUGAUGGGCCUGCCAUGGUUCGUGGCGGCCACCGUCCUCUCCAUCUCGCACGUCAACAGCCUGAAGCUGGAGUCGGAGUGCUCGGCCCCUGGCGAGCAGCCCAAGUUCCUGGGCAUCCGGGAGCAGCGCUUCACGGGCCUCAUGAUCUUCACCCUCAUGGGCUGCUCCGUCUUCAUGACCUCCGUGCUGAAGUUCAUCCCCAUGCCCGUCCUGUACGGUGUUUUCUUGUACAUGGGGGCUUCGUCGCUCAGAGGCAUCCAGUUCUUCGACCGUCUGAGGCUGUUUGGCAUGCCGGCCAAGCACCAGCCGGACUUCAUCUAUCUCCGUCACGUCCCCCUGAGGAAGGUCCACCUCUUCACCAUCAUCCAGCUCAGCUGCCUGGCUCUGCUGUGGAUCAUCAAGACCUCCAGGGCUGCCAUUGUCUUCCCCAUGAUGGUUUUGGCCCUGGUGUUCAUUCGCAAGCUGCUUGACUUCAUCUUCACCAAGAGAGAGCUGAGCUGGCUGGACGACCUGAUGCCAGAGUGGAAGAAGAAGAAGCUGGAGGACGCACAGGAAGAGGAGGAGCACAGCAUCAUUGCAGAGGAGGAAGGCAUUGUACAAGUCCCGCUGGAGGGACACUAUAAGAGCGACCCCGCCACAGUCAACAUCACUGAUGAGAUGUCCAAAGGCUCUUUCGGGAACGUGUGGAAGAGUGUCAACCCCGAGAGCGCCAAGAAGGAGCCCAGCGCUAAAAGCUCCCCAUCCUAACCCCCUCAGAAGCUGAUAUCCAAAGCUCAUCCGGCGGUGGCGAGAAGAGACACAAACGGAGGCGACACGAGAGGAGCUUGGACCGGGAGACCAGUUUGUGAUGACACGUACCGGCUGUGCCGCUGUGCCCGUGGAAUGGGAGACGAAAGCAAAACACGAGAAAGGAAGGAAAAAAAAAAUCUGAAAAAAUUAUUCCGUGCCACACUCGACCACCUUUGUACUGUUCUGCACUGUGUUUUCGUCGUGUCAGUAUGUGUGUAACUUACG